AUGACGACUAGAUCCUUCCGUUCCUACAGCGUUGGCAACGAAGCGGUGACUUGCCUCCUGCCAGAAGUUAAUGGUGCGGAGCUCCUGGAAUACCAUGCCAUGAAGAGGCUGGACGUGGUGGCGUCUCGUCAAGAAAUUUAUGCGUCGGACCUUUGGCAAACUCUAAAGACUCUGUGCGAGGACGAAGACCACCCUCUGGAGAGCUUGACUGUAUUGAUAUCAGACUUUUCUGAAGAUGAGGACAUGGAUGAUAAGAUGAAGGAGGAUUACUUCUUGUCCAACUUGAAAUGGAGGCUUCAGCAUUGUGGCAAGAGAAAAUGGAGACCGCUCACAGUCCGAGCCAUUCGUCUUCCGGAUCCAUCCGAGACACUUUUCGGCAACGCCUUUGUCCAUUUCUGCUCCACGCCAUCAGCAGGAGCAACCAGAGAGAUACGAUUUUCCUCAACCGUUCUCGUUGAUUUGAAUGAGGAAGAUCAGUCUCGCAUUUUGAAAUGCCUAUCCAAUCUGAAAGACGUCACGUCCAUUGUCCUAGAAGCACGGCCAUCAUCCUACGCUCACAUCCCUGACAUACUAGAGGCUCUUGCAGCUUCCCCUGCAGCAUCCAACCUGAGGACCUUUUCUCUAGUUCCAAACACAAAUCCGCUUUCUUACGUCCACGCUGCUGCAGUUCUUCGAGGGGUUUUGCAACGCGCAGCAGUGUCCCUUCAAAAACUGUUGGAAGCCUGCGGGCCUUCGUUGGUCGCCCUCCAACUUAAUCAGCAAUGCUGGCGCCUCAGCAACCUCCAACCGGUUGCAGCAGGCUUAGAAUCUUGUGCCUCCAGUCUGGAACUGGUGGACAUGGCCAAUUCUACUUUCGAGCCUGACUGUGCGUGGCUCUUACACAGCUUCCUCCAAAGGACCAAGACUCUCAAACAUGCAUCUUUCUCGAGGCUCCGGUCAAGCAAUCAAGACACUGUAUUAUCUCUUAUUAUGGGUCUCCAACGCAACACUUCGCUGGAAUCACUGGACCUCGCGGAUUUGCAGGUUCAAAACUACCACUGGAAUUAUGUGGGGCUUUCUAUACGACAAUUACUCCUCAGUCACUGGAGGCUCCAGAGCCUACAGCUGACGGAAAACAGAGACAUUGGGCAGGGUAACAUUGAGAAAAUUGCAGAAGGAGCCGCUGGAAGUGGAGUACUGGAAGAGAUUUACCUUGAUCACUGUGGAAUUGGCGAUGAUGAGGCUGCCAUGGUCGUGGGCGCUCUCUGCUCCACUUUGGGUAGGAAUUCCUUUGGCCGCUCCACAUCAUCGCUUCGGACACUGCAUCUAGCUGGAAAUUUUGUUGGCACGCAAGCAGCUGGAGCGAUUGCUACGUUUCUCGCGGAUCCUUGUUGUGUCCUCCAAAAGCUGGUUUUGUCUGAUUGUGGGAUUGACGACGAAACUUUGAGGGCUUUGCUGCCGGGCUUGACCCAAUCCAGAACUGUAUCGUCGUUAAACCUGUCGAGGAAUGGCGAAGUGACAACUCAGGUCUGGCAUGACAUGGCCAUGGCAAUCCCUCAACUUUCAAAGCUGCGGGAGCUGGAGAUCACAUGUGACACUCCGCAAAUUGCAAACGUGUACGAAGCAAGAGUGCUGUAUCCCAGCUUUGCCCAAAUCAAGGCGCUAUAUGGAGCCUUUCUCAAAGGUCUGUCAAAGAAUCGAACCAUUGUCGACAGCUCGAUCAGUUUUGGCAUCAACGACGAAAGCUUCAAAGCUCAAGAAAGUUUUCUGGCGCAUCGAAACCGAGUACUUCCUCACAUCCCACAAAUCAGCAGCAGUACCCACGAUCGAGGAGGAGGAACGGGGAUGUGGAGCCAUAUUCUCUCCAAACUCCUGGGCAAAUCAUGGGCACCUCAUGAUGGGACAUCUUUGGCUUUCCACUUGAUGACAACCCACCCGGAAGCUGUGUUCUCUCGUCACAACUUGACGGCGUCCCCUCCCAAGAAACGACAGAAACGGAGUUUGAGUAUGCGAGAUCUUUCAAGGAGUCUCCCUUCGACCUACUGA